UAUUAUUUUAUUGUGUUGAAAGCUAAAAUAGAUCCACUGCUGUAGCAUGUAUGUAGGUAAAAUAGAUAAAGUAACUUUUGGUGAAGCUAAAUAGCUAAAUUUUUAGCUCCACUGCUGUGGAUGCUCUAAUGAGCAUUACACGCAGGUAAAAAAAAAAAAAAAAAAUGCCUGAAACGCGGACGCGCAAUACAAUGAGAUCUGCUAUUCUUUGAUUUUGCCCCCAUAUCACACGGUAUGAUAUCUCUCAGUGUCUCCCACAUUCCCAGUGAGUAGAAACCCACCGACUCUCUGAUCUUAUCCCAAAAACAAAAUUGAAACCCUUUUCACUCGCUCAGCAUGAAGCGGCAGAGGAUAGAAACAGAUGAGAGGGAGAGUAGAGAGAGGCAGAGAAUUGAAAGAGCAGAGAUAGCAAAAAGGAGAAAUGUGAGCAGUGAGACUUGCCUAUCACCUGUUCGGCAAAAUGCCCAAACUAACACUGAUGACUACAAAGACAUAAUUAGCAGUCUACCGGACUCUCUUCUCACCCACAUCCUCUUCUUUCUCCCAAUCCGAGACUCUGUCUCAACCAGCAUUUUGUCGAGCAGGUGGAGGCCUCUCUGGACUCUCGUUCCUGUUCUUGACUUGAAUCAGGCAGGACUUGUAGAAAGAUGCAAUGAGGAAAAGAAUGAAAAAUUUAAGUUUGUGGAUAUAGCGUCUAGAAUCGUGGCUCUUCGAAACGCCAUUUCCAACCCCAUCCCCCCACUACACAAAUUGUGCAUUUGUUGGUAUUACAAUUGUCAUCCAUUCUAUGUCGAUACAUGGCUCCGUGCCACCAAUAUCCGUGAUUUGCGAGAUCUUGAUCUCCAACUACUUACUUCUCCUCAUCAACCUAUGGAGUUGCCCCGUACUCUCUACUUUUCUACCUCAUUAGUGGUUCUGAAAUUGGGGUAUGCAAUUCAUCUCAAUCCACCUUCUGCUUUUGUUCUCCCUUGUCUCAGGAUUCUACUACUAAAUUGUGUUACAUUUGCAAAUCGUGACUCUCUCUCCACCAUCCUCAAUGCCUGCCCGGUCCUUCUAGAUUUGUCCCUCUGCGUGGUUGAUAGAUACUUGAAUAUUUUGAAUGAGUUCAAUGUCAUUGUACUUGUAGCUACGCUGAAAAGAUUACAUUUAUGUUGGAGUGUUCAGCCUUCAUCGAAGUACAGAUUCCAGAUAAACACCCCAGCUCUCGAGUACUUACAUUUCAGGGGUUAUUUGAACGCCGAUGAUGUGUUGGAAAACCUCCCAAACGUGGUUGAAUCUGUUAUUCAAAUUAAGGAUUGUGAUCGGAUUAAUGACCAUGCAAAGAGAGCGUGGGACUUCGUGGGAAAACUCUGUAAUGUAAUAUCCAUGGAAUUGAGCACAGUUACCGCACAGAUCCUCUGUCAUGGUUCUAAUCAUGAAAAUAGUCCCACAUUUCGUAAUUUGUCCUCCUUGAAGUUUUGUGGUGACAUUUGGCAUGAGUGGUAUGCGUGGCAUGCAGUACGGCUCCUGCUUUGUCGGGCUCCAGAGCUACAAACACUUGUCUUUGAACGUUCAAUUUUUCUUGGCUCUAAUCUUGAUAAUCCUAACCCUUGCUUAGAGGGGCCACUCGAUGUUCCUGAAUGUAUGUCAUCACACGUUACAACUUGUCUUUAUGAAGGAUUUAAGGGGGUUGAGAAUGAGAUGGAACUUGUUAGACAAAUCCUGAAGGCAGCUAGAGUACUAAAGACAAUGAAAAUCACUAGUCACAUUGAUCUAGACCCAAGGAAUAAGCCUAGUGUUCGCAAGAAAUUGAGGAAGUUUCAAAGGAGCUCUCGGAACUGUCAAAUUGCAUUUGACAAAGGACAUUUCACAUAAUAUGUGGCAUGUUGGUUCGUUUCUCUUGGAUAUUUCUUGUCUACUGCUUUGCUCCAAUAUUUUGUAGUAUGGCUAUAUGCAUAUGUAAUUAGGUCCAUGUUUGUGUAAUUCAUUUGCUGUUUUUGCUAUAUCGAGUUUAUUCCUUUGGUACAGGAAAAAUGCUUAAAGAUUUCAUUAGUAUUAGCCAUCUCCUUCAA